UUGCUUCCGCGGCGGGGCCGGACGUAGAAGCGGUGGUGGCGGCGGCCCAAAGCGGAGGGAAGGAGGGAGUCGGGAGCCUGAGAGGCGGAACCGGAGUCGCGGCGGCGGAGACCCCUGUGCGGUACGGAGGGGGCGGUGGCCCCGGCUCUGACCCGCGCCGGGGGGUGGGCCAUGGCGGAGAUCAGCGACCUGGACCGGCAGAUAGAGCAGCUGCGGCGCUGCGAGCUCAUCAAAGAGAGUGAAGUCAAAGCCCUGUGCGCCAAGGCCAGAGAGAUCUUAGUGGAGGAGAGCAACGUGCAGAGGGUGGACUCGCCAGUCACAGUGUGUGGUGACAUCCAUGGACAAUUCUAUGACCUCAAGGAGCUUUUCAGAGUGGGUGGCGACGUCCCUGAGACCAACUACCUCUUCAUGGGGGACUUUGUGGACCGUGGUUUCUACAGUGUUGAAACGUUCCUCCUGCUGUUGGCACUUAAGGUUCGCUAUCCUGACCGCAUCACCCUGAUUCGGGGCAACCAUGAGAGCCGCCAGAUCACCCAGGUCUAUGGCUUCUAUGACGAGUGCCUGCGCAAGUAUGGCUCGGUGACUGUGUGGCGCUACUGCACUGAGAUCUUUGACUACCUCAGCCUGUCGGCCAUCAUCGAUGGCAAGAUCUUCUGCGUGCACGGGGGUCUUUCCCCCUCCAUCCAGACCCUGGACCAGAUCCGGACAAUUGACCGGAAGCAAGAGGUGCCUCAUGAUGGGCCCAUGUGUGACCUGCUCUGGUCCGAUCCUGAAGACACAACAGGCUGGGGUGUAAGCCCCCGUGGGGCUGGCUAUCUAUUUGGCAGCGACGUGGUGGCCCAGUUCAAUGCAGCCAACGACAUUGACAUGAUCUGCCGUGCCCACCAGCUAGUGAUGGAAGGUUACAAGUGGCACUUCAAUGAGACUGUGCUGACUGUGUGGUCAGCACCCAACUACUGCUACCGUUGUGGGAAUGUGGCCGCCAUCUUGGAGCUGGAUGAACAUCUCCAGAAAGAUUUCAUCAUUUUUGAGGCUGCUCCCCAGGAGACUCGGGGCAUCCCCUCCAAGAAGCCCGUGGCUGACUACUUCCUGUGACUCCUUUGGCCCCCUGCCCCCCUCCAGUCCCUCUGGCCCUCGGACCACUGUGACUCUGCCCUCUCCCCCAGACAGGCUGGCCAUGGGGAGGGUGUCCCCAGCUCUGCCCUCCCCCCACCAAGAGGGCACUGUGAGGGUGAGGACUUUCUCUGGAGAGGUCGGAGCCUCAGCUCCAUGCUCCUCCUCUCCUUUUCCCCACUUUAACCAUGAAGUUUCCAAUAAUUGUUUGUUUUCUUUUUUUCUUCUGUUUUUUUUUUUUUGUUUUGUUUUGUUUUUAGAUAAAAAUUUUGAGAAAAAAAACAAAAAAAUUCUAAUAAAAGAAGAAAAA